UUCUGCUUCUGUCUUGAACAAUUGCUUGAACACGAGAGAUUUUUGGUUAUUUUGUGAAAGGAUAAAGUAAAUAACGUAAAUCAUGAGUUAUUCUAAAUUCGAUCUAACGUUUAAAAUAGGUCAAUACCUAGAUCGACAUCUCGUGUUCCCUUUAUUAGAAUUCUUGGCAGCAAAAGAGACGUAUGAUCAAUCAGAAUUACUGCAGGCAAAACUGGAAAUCUUAAGUAAAACUAACAUGAUAGAUUACGUGAUAGACAUAAGAAGGUUGUUGUACCCUGAUGAAGAUACCCCAGAAGAAAUCAAAUCCCGCAGAGGUGUUGUACUAUCACAGUUGCAAGAGCUUCAAGAUGCAGUUGAACCAGUACUGAGAUUAAUGCAACGUGAUGAUGUCAUGAAGACAAUGGAAACCAUGAGGGAUCCUAAAACACUCAUCAAUUACUUGACAACAAAUAAGGAAUUUGAGUUCAAAAUUGAUAUGAUAGACAGCAUGUAUCGGCUGGCAAAAUACCGAUAUGAGUGUGGUAACUAUGUGGAGUCUGCUUCGUACCUCUACUUUUGCCAAUUGGUCAUGUCACCUACUGAUAAGAACUAUCUACCUGUAUUGUGGGGCAAGUUUGCUAGCGAAAUUCUCGUGCAAAAUUGGGAUGGAGCUCUCGAUGAUUUGACGAAACUUCGUGAAUUCAUCGACAACGGUGGCGCGGGAGCCACCGCUAGCAACAUGCAGGCUCUGCAGCAACGCACUUGGCUCGUCCACUGGUCACUGUUUGUGUUUUUCAACCACGUCAAGGGACGUGACCUGAUCAUUGAGAUGUUCUUGUACAGACCAUUGUAUUUGAACGCAAUCCAAACCAUGUGUCCCCACAUUCUCCGUUAUUUGGCGACAGCCGUUAUUAUAAAUCGUUCAAGACGGAAUGCCCUCAAGGAUCUUGUAAAAGUCAUCCAACAGGAGGCUUACACUUACAGGGAUCCGAUCACCGAGUUCAUUGAGCACUUAUACGUCAAUUUCGAUUUCGAAGCGGCGCGCAGAAAGUUGAACCAGUGCCAGGCUGUGCUGUCCACGGACUUCUUCCUUAUCGCGUGUCUCGAAGAAUUCGUUGAGAACGCUAGGUUGAUGAUUUUCGAAACCUUCUGCCGUAUUCACCAAGUUAUCAGUAUUGGAAUGUUAGCAGAAAACUUAAGUAUGCAACCCGAUGAAGCGGAAUGCUGGAUCGUGAAUUUGAUCCGUAACGCGCGUCUAGACGCCAAGAUCGACUCGAAGCUCGGCCACGUGGUGAUGGGUGCACAGCCGCUGUCACCGUACCAACAGUUAGUUGAGAGAAUCGACUCCCUGUCCGUAAGGUCAGAAGCAUUGACGUCACUGGUGGAAAGGAAACAGAAAGUUCGCAAUCAAGACAUACGCUGGGGAGCACAAGAAUUCUAAGCCAAGUGUAAUUUACGGUGUCUCAAAUUUGUUCAUUUUUGUAAAAUGAUACAGUUUUAUAAAAUAUACAUAUUCUUACCACA